UGCGUGUAGGUUUUGAAUUCUUCACAGUUUGUGCUCGGUAAAACACGGAAUAACUUCUUUUAAUAUUUAUAACAGUGGAAUUAAUAUUGCAACGAAAUUUAUAAUACCGAUCGGAUACGCAGCUUAUUGUGUACGGAAGUUGCAACAAAUCUAUUGAAAUACGUUUAAUCGCGUAAAAGGAUUUUUGGUUGCCUACUUCCUUCAACAUGUACAUCAUACACACAAUACUUUUUAUCACUUUGUUGAUUUGCUUUUGCCAAAAUGUAUUUGUAUUGGCACAGCCCGUCGGUGAUGAGCUAAGCACAUGCGAAGAUCAGCUUACAAAAUAUCGUCGCUUUUUACUACAAGCCAUUUUGAGCUUUGAAGAUGUCUGUGAUGCGUACGACUCACAUCCUCUUAAUCCGCUUGAAGUUUUAUAUAGACAGGACCAACAAGACUCCGCAAACGCGCCGCUUUUCCGUGCACUACAAACGGGCAGCAGCGCCAGCGAACAACGUAAUGAAAUUUGGGCUUUUUUCAAACUAUUGAUGGCACAAUUUAACGAUAUGGAUUUUGUCAACAUCAUUAAGGAGGCAGUUAUUGAUCGUUGUCGCAUGAAAUCCCAACUGCAGCAUGACGAAAAACGCAAUUCCGUUGUAUUGGGUAAGAAGCAGCGUUUCCAUUCGUGGGGCGGUAAACGCGCACACCUUUCGACUGACGACAGAAGCAUGGAUAUGUUGUAAACGGAAGAAGCUGGUUUAAGCAUAUAACAUCUUUAGAAUUCUUUACGGGCUGGAUACCUUUGUUUACUGUAUAUAACUAUCAAAAAUUUUAACACAAACACAAAAUCAUGUAACUUUCAAACUAUUGUUGGCUGCAACUACAUUAAAGUACAAAAAAGUAAAACAUUUGUUAUUUAAUUAAUAGUUAGGAAAAACUUACCAUUGUAGAAAAAUAUUUAGACGCUAAUUUGGUUUUGGCGGUGCUGGCAGAUUUCUGACAAA